UUUUCAUUCCCAAGGAGUGGCCGGAUGGAGGAGGAGGAAAAGCCCCGGAGAUGCCGCACGAGGAGGGGCUGCAAACCCAGCGCAGGGGGCUGCGAGGAGCAAAGACCCCCCCUGUGCCAGGAGGGCGGCCGGAGAUCCAGCCAGAGCUCAGAGCUGGUGGAGAAGCCUCGUGGAGGGGAGAAGCCCCACAAGUGCUUGGAAUGUGGGAAGGGUUUCAGCUGGAGCUCCAGUCUGAUCCGGCACCAGGUGAUCCACACAGGGGAACGGCCCUAUGAGUGUGGGGAGUGUGGGAUGAGCUUCAGCUACAACUCCAAUCUGAUCCAGCACAAGAGCAUCCACACUGGGGAACGGCCCUAUAAGUGUGGGGAAUGUGGGAACAGCUUCAGGUGUAGCUCCAGCCUUAGGAAACACCAGAGGAUCCACACUGGGGAGAAGCCCCACAAGUGCUUGGAAUGUGGGAAGGGUUUCAGCCGGAGAUCCCACCUGAUCCAGCACAAGAGGAUCCACACCAGGGAGCGGCCCUAUGAGUGUGGGGAGUGUGGGAUGAGCUUCAGCCGGAGCUCCAAUCUGAUCCGGCACAAGAGGAUCCACACUGGGGAAAAGCCCUAUGAGUGUGGGGAGUGUGGGAAGAGCUUCAGGUGUAGACCUCACCUGAGGCUACACCAGGUGAUCCACACUGGGGAAAAGCCCUACAAGUGUGGGGAAUGUGGGAAGAGCUUCAGAGACAGCUCCAGUUUGAUCCAGCACCAGGUGAUCCACACUGGGGAAGGGCUCUACACCUGCUUGGAAUGUGGGAAGAGCUUUGGAUCAAGCUCCAACUUGAGGAAUCAUCAGCGCAUCCACACCGGGGAGAGGCCCUAUGAGUGUCCUGAGUGUGGGAAGAGGUUUCACACCAGCUCUGAUCUCCUCGUGCAUCAGCGGAUUCACGGAGAGGAGAGGCCCUUCCGCUGCCCUGACUGCGGGAAGGGCUUCAAGCACAACUCUGCCCUCACUGUCCACCGGCGCAUCCACACUGGGGAGAGGCCCUACGAGUGUCCUGAGUGUGGGAAGAGCUUCUCACAGAGCUCUCACUCAAGCAAACACCAACGGAGGCACCACUAAGGGAAGCCCUGCGAAUGCCCCGAGAGCAGGAAGAGCUUCGUGCGCUGCUCCAGCUCCAUCCCCCGUGGGAGGAUCGGCCUUGGAUGAUCCCCAGUGACCCCCGUUGGGCAGAGCCCUGCUGAUCCGUGGUCCUGGUGAUCGUGUUGGGAAGACACCUGGCUGGGAGUGCUCCACAUCUUCCUGGCUCCCCGUGGGCACCUGGAUGAACACAGGGGCAGGAACAUCCAUUGAGACGCAGACUGACAUUGGGAAUUCCUUGGGCAGAGCAGAUCUGUUGACUUUCAACCCCAGAAAACCUUUUGCGUUCAAUCCUCUCAUCUGGGGCCAUCAAGGAAUAGUGGAUGGUCUUGGAGGUCUUUAUGAACCUCAGGGAUUCCACGAUUUUCAUUUCCUGUUGCCCAAGUGUGUCUUGCACAGCCAAAUAGUGAAGAUCAAGUACAGGAACCAAGAUUUUGGAGACAGUGGGGUGGAAACCCCUCCAAAAAAGGUUCUUCCCUUGUGGGAGAUUAGGGACAGGCGAUCGGAAGAUACCGUGCUGUACGGGCAGACAGAACCCCUCCCUCAGCACUUAGUUGUUUAGUGUCCCUGAUAAGGUAAGCAACACGUAAUUUGUAACGUAAGCAGACGGAAGUGAUGUAGCAAACAGAGGUUUUAUAACUCCAUGUAACCAGGUAAUAAAACGCCAUUUGCUGUCCACCACACUGGUGGCUGUGAGCUGGUGGCCCGAGCAGCCUGGGUGUGGCUGCCGUGUUGUUCCUGAACCAGGUCGCUAGGCCUCAGCGGAGGCACCAUUCCCUCCCAGCCAAACACAUGGAUCCUCAGCUGGCACAGACACAGCAAUCCUUUUUGUUUGACCGUGAUUUGUUUUUCAUUUCUCUUCAUGACUUUAAAUGUCCAACAUUGUGGUAAAAAUAAAGAGAUUGAACUGGGACAUGGGUGAGGACAUGGGGGACAUAGACAUGGUGGGACAUAGACAUGGAGAGUGACAUGGGGACACAUGGACAGGGAUGUGGCCAUUCAUGGGGACAUGAGGGGAAAUGGGCAGAGCUGGAGAUGUGGGGGACAGUGACAGGGAUGGAUUUGUGGUGGGGAGACAGCCAUGGGUGAGGACAUGGUGGGACAUGGCCAGUGACAUGUGGGGACAUGGCCAUGGCCGGUGCCAUGGGGGGAACUUGCAGGGGCUGUGGGGGAUGCUGGGUUUGAGGGAGUUGAGGGUUCCUGGGAGGGACUUGGGGCUUGCUGAGGGCUUUGGGGGAGCCCAGAGCUGGGAGACCCUGGCAGAGGUUGUGGGGCAGCUGCUCAAGGAGCCCCUGAGCUGGACCCCCAGCUGGGCAUUGGGCUCCUGGAAGGGAAUGAAGGUCCUUGUCCCCAGGAGGGAAAUCCCAGCAGCCCCAGGGUAUUGGGGGCAGCUGAGAGGCCACAACAGGGAGGGGAAAGCCAAACAGAGCUGUCCCCCUGCAGAACU